AUCAAAACCAUAUCAUUUCUUUCAGUCAACUCAUAACUCAUCUAAAUUUCUGUUAUUCAUGAACAACUAUCCAUUUCUUGCCAACAACACCAACACACUCGAUGAAACUUUUUAUUCAACAACAAGCAAGUGAGUUGUCAGUAGUUUUAAAAACUUGCCCCUUCAAAUAUUUAUUGUUGCAGCGCCUACAUAUAUCAACGGCCAAAAUGUAUUUUUAUCUCAAGAAAAACAAAGAAAAAUGCACGAUACACUGAAUACAUCAAUAGUUGGAUUAGCACCGCCUGCGAACUCUCCUCCUUCAUUAAAUAUUUUUACACCUGCAAAUUUUAUACAAGCAGAAAGAUACGUUGGUCCUUCCGGAGUUAUAUUUACGUUUCCUGCUCAAGUCGUUCGUCCUUCGAUAGGAGCUCCUGGACUACCUCAACCAUGUUAUCCAUGCAUGGCAAGGCCAUGCCCCAACCCAAUGAUCCCAACGGCCAAUUAUCCUCCCCCAUCUCCCCCACAAGCACCAAUGGAUUCUCUCCCACCAGCGAUGUAUCCGCAAAUGCCCCAAAUGAAUCAAGAGCAGAUGUCCCAAAAUCCGUUUUACUUGCAAAACCAGCCGCUUCCAUUCCACUAUGAUAAAGCUACGACUUCCUUCGAUUUGUUGCCAGGAACCAAGCAAGUACCUGGCUGUAGAGGUGCUCCUGAUUUAAGCAACUUUUGCGGUGCAUUGUACCAGCAGGCACAAUUAGCAGAUUAUCACACUAGAACUACUGGUGCUUUACAAAAUACUAAUUAUGGAUUCUUUUCUGACAUCUCUCCAGAUCCUUGCCUUUCCAGAUCUCCACGAACACUAAGACUGAAGGCAACAGCAGUCCAUCCUCAACAGCAUGUGGCUGAUAUUCUGGACAAACCAGCUAGCUGUUCAGACGAGCAGACAAAGAAAGCUGUAACAUUUGCUAGUUGUACACAGAUAAAUACAGCAGAAAAAUCGGAACAAGUUUGGCUCCCUUGUUUAUGUCCUAAAGAUAAACCUGAUACCAAAUCUAAUGAAGCAGGUAGUAAUACCGACGACACAUCUACAAGUAAAGUGAAAAAGUUUUUUAGAAAAUCGCAAAAGAAAGAUACAAAUGACAAUACUACUACUGGCAAAUCUGAAACAGCGUCCUCCAAAGGAAAAAAUAAAAAGAAAACAAAGAAAACACAACAGAAACAGCAAUAUGAAGAUACCGAUUCAUACGAGUAUACAUCCGAUUCGGACGUCAUUUGCAGAUGCUAAUUAUUGUUAAUGUAUACUUUGGAAAUCAAAAAUGUACUAUUUUUCACACGUUUCGUCUAAAAUUUGUGCUUUGCCAGCUGUAUUGAAACAAUAUUUUGUCAUAUAAGUAUAUCAUAUA